GGGCAUGGAAAUUUCCAUCCACUUUCUUUCAAGAAUCCUUCAAAUUCCUUGUGUCCUUUUCUAGCUUUGUUAAACAAACAACACCGAAGCGACGGUAGGGAACGACAAGUAAGCAAUCAUAGUUCAUCUAUUUACCAUUACCAUCCCCAAAAAUUACAAUAUUACCAUUUUGUUCAAUGUCUAGAAAUUUUUCUCCGCCCUUCAAAUUCUCUGUCUGGUAGUUUGGUUUGCUUUCCUUCUCUUCUGAAUUCGUUCCUCAAUUUGCGUUGUCGUCAUCGAAUUGGCGCUCCAAAUCGGAUCAAUCCAAGAUCAGUGCUUUAUUCUUUUCGAUCUUUGUGAAUUUCGGGCUUCUAGGGUUUUCAGAAAGAUAUCGCUUUAAUCUUUCUGAGAAUUCUAGGGGAGGAAAAUGAGCUUCCAGGAUCUCGAAUCUGGUCGGCCUUUGCCUUCGAGGCGAGAGUUCAUCAAUGGAAAACAAGAUUCUACGCAGGCCGUUGCUUCGGGUGUGUUUCAGAUUAAUACUGCCGUUUCGACGUUUCAGCGUCUCGUUAAUACCCUCGGAACUCCCAAGGAUACGCCAGAGCUCCGGGAAAAGCUGCACAAGACAAGACUACAUAUUGGACAACUGGUAAAGGACACUUCGGCAAAGCUUAAACAAGCUAGUGAAACAGAUCAGCAUAGUGAAGUUAGUGCCAGCAAGAAGAUUGCUGAUGCUAAGCUUGCAAAAGAUUUCCAGGCAGUUCUUAAAGAGUUUCAGAAGGCUCAACGGCUUGCAGCUGAGAGAGAAACAGCAUAUACUCCUUUUAUUCCCCAAGCAGUCCUUCCUUCCAGCUAUACUGCAAGCGAGCUUGACAUAAGUUCAGGCAAGAGCCCUGAAGAGCGUGCUCUUCUUGUGGAAUCUAGAAGACAGGAGGUCCUGCUACUGGAUAAUGAAAUUGUUUUUAAUGAAGCCAUCAUUGAGGAGAGGGAGCAAGGGAUCCAAGAAAUCCAACAACAAAUUGGUGAGGUCAAUGAGAUUUUCAAAGAUCUAGCAGUGCUUGUCCAUGAUCAAGGAGCAAUGAUUGAUGAAAUUGACUCUAAUAUCGAGAAUUCCCAUGCUGCAACUGCACAGGCAAAAGCACAACUUGCAAAAGCAUCCAAGACCCAAAGAKCAAAUUCAUCUCUGACCUGCCUGCUGUUGGUGAUCUUUGGGAUUAUUCUGCUCAUUGUGAUUAUAGUCCUUGCAGCUUGAUCAGCCAAAUUUUUGUCUCAAUGCUUGUUAUAUGAUCAUGUCGUUCCAGAGAUCCUGUCUGGCUGCAGUUCAUCUCAUGUUUCUUAUCAAUUCCAAGCUGCAUGGUGUAUGAUGUGGGCCAGUGGUUUGUGUAUAAACUUCUGUUUCUUUUGUUUUAGGGUGUGAUUGUCUUUUAUUUUUUUUCCUCCGUUGCCUGUGUUAGCAAGUCGUUGCUUUGAGUUUUUUUUUUUUUCAAAGGGGGGGAGGGGUGGUGUUAGAACAUAUUGUGUAAUAAUCCAUCUAUUAUCAGUUAAUUUAAUAUUCUUUGCUUUUUGUUCGCAUU